GCUGAAGUCUUGCAUAUCUUUUUACAGUUAACAGUUCAAAAGUUGCGCACCACCACAAUUGAAACAAUAAUUUUUGAAACGGGGCCGAAAAAAGGACUUUAUAGGGUAUAAAAAAUAAAACUUUUGUUCGAAAACGGGAAAGCGCCAGAAAUAAUAGUUGAAAGGGACGUUUAUCAGUGGUCCAGAGUGCGCUCACGUUCUGCACAUCGGUUUGUUAUCGUCCUCGUACACGAUUUGAACUCCGGAGUCCGACUAAAGGCGAGACGGUUGAAAUAACGGCCGACUGGUUUCAUAAAAGCUUUUCACCAAAAUGGAAAGCUCGAAAAAGCUCAAGCUGCCAGCCUGUGCCAACUGCUCGCUCGAGUUUUCCGUCAACGGUUAUCAGUUGGCGAAACCUUUAAGGAUACCACUUCUUUUGCACUGUGCCCACUCAGUUUGUGAAAAUUGUGUUACCAGAGAACUUACCAAAAAAGCCAGUAUAACUUGUCUGACUUGCAAGACGGUAUCAAUAGUCCCAACUGGUUUAACACAGGCACAAAUGAAGGAAUAUUUUCCAGUAAAUCAUUACUUGUGUGGUGUUUGGUUUAAUAAAGCCAAUCCGCAGCCUUUCAAAGGCGAUGAGCAGAUUUCAUUCAAUCAACCUCAAAAGCAAGAACAGAUGAAAAAACAAGCUGUUAAUUGCAAUGAAUGCUCUUUAACUGCUAUUAUUCAGUGUACACAGUGUUCAGUUCCUUAUUGUGACUCUUGCUAUAAAAGCGUUCAUUCAGCCGCUAAAGCGUUAAAAGAUCACAUUGGAGUUCCGAUUUCGUCAAUAUCAUGUUUGUCAGCAUUGGAAAAUCAGUUAAAUGUUUGCAAUGAACAUGCACAAAAUUUUGAAUUUCACUGUGGACAAUGCAAUGUCGCAGCAUGUUCGCGUUGCUUGCUCGCGCAUCACAAUGGCCACAGUGACAUGCAGGAGUUAGCUGAAAAGAAUAAGAAGUGUCGGGAAGAAUUAAUCAGCUCAUAUGUAAAAGUUGCCGAUGUUCACACUAGGCUCAAGCUCGCAAAAAAGCAGCUGUCAAAACAAUUGGCAAAUGCGACCUCAAAGAGCAGUGUGAGCGCUGCAGAAAAAGCAAUAAAAGACCAUUUUACUUGCCUUCAUGGUCAUCUCAUACUCCUACAAAAUAAACUGAUGCGACAGUUAGUGUCAUAUCGUGACACAAGUCAGUUAAACGACAUGAUCAUACAAAUAAAUAAUAACAUCGAGGAAGUGGGUGCGCUGCUGAGCCUUGUCUCAAAUGUCUUACAGGGCCCUUCUUCAUCAAUAGAUUUUUCGCAGUUUAUACAUAUUCUAAAUGAAAAAGAAAAUACACCAUGUUUUCUUUACAAUCCUGAGAAAUCUGAAGAAAACUCGAGCCUUUUCACUUUUGACAAAAACAUAUUCAAAUUAAUCGAUGACCAUUGUAACGUCUCAAGCAUUUUCAAACAGACAUACCAAAUGUUACCUGAGCAAAAUCUUCCUUCUGGAUAUAUAAAACAACCAAUAGUAGAAGCAAAAGCAGAAGACAUUGAGAAAUUGUCAGGACUUGGCUUUCCAAAAGAGCUUUCCUCUCGAAGCAGCUCGUCCACCAGCCUGUCAUCUUUAUACAGUGUUUCUUCCAAUGAUAUGCCUAUGCUAACCCCUACUGAUGAUCUUGUUCCUGGUGUCUCUUUAUCCGUUUAUGUUUCACACUUAGUUUCACCUGGUGAAUUUUAUGUACAACGGGUUACUGCUCAGAAAAAACUUGAAGAGUUACAGCAGACUUUGCAACGAUUAGCAUCGAAUCGGCGUCUACAAUCAGUUACAAAUGUGACCAUUGGAACUAUCUGUUUAGUUCUCUACAAAGAUAAGAGCAGUUGGCAUAGAGUUCGAGUUGUUGAAUUAGCGAGUGUUACUGAAGCCAAAAUUUUGUACAUCGAUUUUGGAAUUACAGAAACAGUCCCAUUUAGCAGAUUAAAAGCUUUGCCUACUAAUUUAAUCAACAUCCCGGGUUUAGCCAUACGUUGCAAACUUGCCAAUUGUGUACCUCGCAAUGGAGUCACAUGGGAUCUUGAAGCAGUCGCACUUAUGAUUAAAAUCAUUGACAAUGAAAAAGUUUAUAUAACUGUUAUUAACAAAACUCAAAUUUGUUACGAAGUCAGUAUGCACAGAAUUAAUGAAAAUAGUAGUUUCGACGUGGCGCAGUCACUUUGUUUCCUCGACUAUGCAGCAAUGACUGAGUCGACACAGGUCUUAACGCCGAAUAUUCCAACUGUUGAAACCAAGAAAUAUUUUGCCCUUGAUAGAUACCCUUUUGGAUCAAUUUUAGAAGUUUCAUUAUCAAACAUUAACAAUGUCAAUGAUUUCUAUGUCGUUAUAAAAUCUGAUAUUUUACAUAAGUAUUUGACAAUGUUAGAAGAAUUACAAAAGACUUAUAACAUUAGAAAUAUUAACAACAAAUAUAUAGUCUACAAUCCAAAAGAAGGAAUGCCAGUUGCAGCAAAAUCGAGCAUCGACAAGAAAUGGUACAGAGCUUCUAUCGUUGAUGUACCAUGUUCAAAAAUGAUCAAAGUUUUUUAUAUCGACUAUGGAAAUGUCGAAGUGUUGAGUUGGAAAAAUGUAAAGAUACUAGCAUCAAAAUUUUUUAAGCUACGACCACAGGCACACAAAUGUAAUUUGUCAGAAGUGGAACCCAUCGGUACCGACUGGUCUCCUGGGGCGAAACUGAUUUUAGAGAGUUACAUGAACUCCAAGCUAAAGGCCGUUAUACAGAAUAUACAAAACAAAACCAUGGAUAUUAUUCUUUAUCACACAAAUGCAGAAGCAGAUAUCUGUAUCAAUGCACAGAUUGUCCGAGAAGGUCAUGCAAGAAGCACAGGCCCUUACUCAAAAUUAGUAGAAUUUCCAAAAGUAUAUAAAAUACCUGCACCUGAUAUUUUGCAGACAUUGCAGUGUGACAUGAAAUGUGAGCCUGAAUUGCAAGAAGAUGCUAAAAAAAUGCCAAAUCCUCUCGAGGACAAUAAUUUUUUUAUAAAAUCACCAGAUGGAUGUAUAAAAAUUCAAAUUGACAUCAAACGAAUAGUCGAUCCCGGGGAAUUUUAUGUUAGUUUGGGUUACUUGACCAAAUAUUUCCAAAGUUUAGAAGAAGAGUUGCAACAUGCCUAUAGUACUGAGUAUAAGUUGUCAGUUGAGACUAAAUGGAAAGAAAAUGAGAAAUGCGCUGUAUUUUUUGAAAAUAAAUGGUGGCGAGGAUACAUAACGGAAUUGUUAGAAGGCAAUAGAGUGAUGAUAAUAUUUCCUGAGACUGGGGCCAUGGAACUCAUCGAAAUGUCUAAUUUAAGGCCUCUUAAAGAAAAGUUUAUGAAUGUCAGAGAUGGAGCACUUAAAUGUCAUCUGGGCGGCUUGAUUCCUGCAAGCUCGACUAGGUGGUCUGGUAUCUCAAUUACAGAAUUUGAAGAGUUUGUAAAUGCCAAUCAGGGAUUUCUGUAUAUUACAAAGAUGGCAGAUAUAAAAAAUAAAUCCCUGCCUGUCGAACUUUACGCAAAGUUGAAUAUACCAGCCGGGCCUCUCGAACCGCAAAGAGAUCAAUGGAGAAGCUUCAACCAUUACAUUCGAAUGCAAGGAUAUGCAAAAGCUGAUGAGUUCACAAAAUGGAAUUCUGAUGGGAAAAUAAUCCGAACCGAGGCUCAAAUAACCGCCAAUAAAAUUAUGGAAGCUGAAGUUCUGGCACAGAUAGAAACCAUGAAAUUGUCGUCCAAGUUGUUGCAAAAUGAAUCACAAUUCAGUCACUUACCGAGUUGGCUGCCUCCUGAAAAGUUUGAGCAACUUGAAUUUGUGGGUCUCCCAACGUAUGUUUCAGAAGAUGGAAUCUACAUACAGGACUUCAUGAGAAACACCAGUAAAUUGCAAGACAUCACUGAAAAACUCUUUGAAGAGUACAACAACUCAACACUGAAAGGGUCAGAUCAUAAAUGGCAAGUAGGACAAAUGUGUUGUGCUUUAUUCUACCUUGACAAAAAGUGGUACCGGGGUGAGAUUAUGAAAGUUGAAAAUAAAACUAUUCUUGUCAAAUUUAUUGAUUUUGGAAAUGAGGAGUAUGUGGAUGUAAAUCAAUUGAGAAAACCAAUGUAUAAAGAUGUACCUACACUAGCUACAUUAUGUAAAUUUCAUAAAUUAAAGCCAAUUCGCGGUAAUUGGGACGAAGUGCAAAUUGAAAAAAUACACUCCCUGGUCGUUGAAAAGUUCUGCAGGAUAAAAGUAAUUGAGUUAAAUGAUGGUUGUUAUGGGGUAGAUAAAAUUAUUUUGCCAAAUGGUAAAAACGCGCUUGAUGAAAUAGUAUCUAUGCGUUGUGCCAGAUACAUUGAUACUGUUGAAGAAGAGGAAGAAUUUCUGACAGCCAGCAGCUCUAUUGAAUCACCUAGACCAGUCAGUAUCCAUUCGAAAGACAGCGCAACAUUUGCACUGAAUGAAAAUAACAAAAUUCUAUCCGUUAACUCCAACAACCCAGUUAACAAUGAGGAAAAUACAGCAGAAUCUGAGUACGAAAUUAUCCAUUGGACUACAAUUGCUAAUAAUUCCGUCGAAAAUAUGUUAAACCUAGCAGAUUACCAGUCCUUUCAAGUGCCAGAAAAUGUUAAAUCAUUUAAAAUUGAACCUACUGCAGUGCUCUCACCGACACAAAUAUCUGUGAUUGUGGACAGUGACAUCAAAGAGGUUAAACAACUGCAAGAUGAAUAUAAUGACUUACUGAUCCAAAUGGAAACCGAGGGUCCAAAGUUGUCUAAAUUGAAACCACCUUAUUUAUAUAAAGCCUGCUGUACAUUGUUUUCUGGAGACAGACAUUGGUACAGGGCCAUUGUGGUAAAAGAAUUGUCAAAUUGUAGACUCCUUGUACAGUAUGUAGAUUAUGGCAAUGUCGAAGAAAUUAACGCAGACGAAGCGUACGAGUUAAAGAAGGAUUGGUUCAAAGUGAAAGUCCUCAGUAUUCCGCUUGCAUUACAUAAUUUAACGGUCAACCCAGAUGUCUCUUGCAAUCCAAAUGAACUUAUGGAGAAGUUGUACGAAUGCCUAACAUCAGCAGAAUCGAGGGUAGUGAUAAAAGACAGGACUUCUUCCAUUCUUAGUGUCGACAUAUACGAUUCUGACUCAAAACGAUUAAUUUACCAAAAAUUAAUUGACGAUAAUUACUACAAAGUAAUUAUUGACGGUUAGUUAUAAAAGAUCAAAUUUGUAUUUAAAUAAAAUACUUUUUGUAA